AUGUCGUGUGUCAGCAUCAGUGGGUUGUAAGAUACUGUCGUGUCAAGGUGCUGUUGUACCAUGGAGCGUUUACAAAUAGUUAGUGUAUUAUGUUUCAUUCCACUUGCGCUGUACUCCCGUGUGGACGGGACCAGCUUAAGUUUGUUGCAAAAUGAAGAAACAACUUCCGACAGCUAUCGAUUGCUGGCUGUAUCCGAGCCGUUGUAUUACGAUCUGUACCUUGAUAUGACGGAUGCCAACUUUUCCAACUAUGCAGGAUCGGUGGACAUCACUAUCAAGUAUACCGGCAACGGCUCCAUUUUUUCGUUAAACAGUAUGGAUUUAGCGAUAAACGAAGAUACCCUUCGCGUCGAACGGAUGAAUGGAACCAAAGUGCCUCUGGAAUCGUUUACAGUUUCACGUCAGUUCGAACAGCUCUACUUCAAUUGUACUGAAAAGUUAGAAUCUGGCGCAUCCUAUAAGGUCCAUCUAGAAUUUAAUGGCACGAUCAAGACAGAUAUUUUUAAAGGUGUUUACCGUAGCAGUUACCGGGUGGAUGGUGAGAUCAAAUAUCUGGCAACCACAUUCUUUGCCGCUACCUACGCCCGAACAGUCUUUCCAUGCUAUGAUGAACCCGGGCACAAAGCAAGAUUUAACGUCAAAAUUCGGCAUCGAUCGCAUCAUACGGCCCUAUCGAACAUGCCAGUAAUCAGAAGCACAAUGAUCGAUGGUUAUAGCGAAACGACUUUCGAUACUACUCCCCUCAUGUCAACCUACUUGGUGGCCUUUGUCGUAUCGGAGAUGAAAACGCUAUCUUCAGUUGGUGAGCUGUUCCGGGUGUAUGCACCGGAAAACAAGGUCAACUACACGGUUUACGCACAUGACUUUGCGGUACGAGCAGUACGUGCACUGGAGAACCAUUUCGGUCGCCAGAAUCAGAUGCGGAAAAUCGAUCUCGUCGGUAUACCUGACUUUGCGAUGGGAGCAAUGGAGAACUGGGGAAUGAUAACGUUCCGCGAGGACUAUUUGAUCUACCAAGAUGAGGAAAAAACCACAGCCUUAGCAAAGCAAAAGAUUGCAUCGGUUAUAACGCAUGAGCUGGUGCACAUGUGGUUCGGUAAUGAGGUGACUCCCGAAUGGUGGACCUAUGUCUGGCUGAAUGAAGGUUUCGCCAACUUUUUCGAGUACUACAUAACAUCACAGCUUGAGCCAGCGUGGAGAUUGUGGGAACAAUUUAUCUUGGAUAAUGUACAUUGGGCGCUAUCCAAAGACUCGCAUAGUUCAGUCCGACCGAUGAAUUACUAUGCUACAGAUCCUGCAGUUUUGAAUGGAUUGUACGACUAUGUGGUUUAUGAAAAGAGUGCUUCCGUUAUACGGAUGAUACAGAACGUGAUUGGCUUCGAUACGUUCCAGCAGGCUAUCAAUGAUUACUUACGAUCACGUAGUUAUCUCACAACGAGGCCGCAGUAUCUGUAUACCAGCAUUGAAAAGUUCCGUACAGUCGAUCUUCCGGCCAGUGUUGAGGUCAUCUUCGAAAGCUGGGCCAAUACGCCAGGCUAUCCCGUUGUAACGGUGUCCAUCGAUCGUACCACACGAACACUCACUGCAUCUCAGAAGCGCUUUUGGAUGCCGAACGAGAUCGAUACGCCACCCCAAAACAUGUUGUUUUAUAUUCCCGUGAACUAUGGCUCCAAUGUACUCACGUCGACCGACUUUGAAGAUACAACGCUUAGAUUCUGGCUGACACCGCAGGAUCCUACGGCAACCGUUACCCUUGAGGCGGGAGUAGAGUGGGUCGUAGUCAACAAACAGCAGACGGGGUACUAUCGUGUGAACUACGACGAUGAAAGCUGGCAUAAACUGAUUGAGGUACUAAAUAGUGAUCAGUUUGAGGAUCAGCUGCCCGUAAUCAAUCGAGCACAGCUAGUAGACGAUGUGGCCAACCUUGCUCGGGCAGGUGAAGUGGGAUACGAUGUAGCACUGUCCCUGAUGCAGUAUCUGGAGCGUGAAACGGAAUACAUCCCAUGGGCCACGGCGUACAAUACGUUGCUACAUCUAGAUCGGAUGUUCUCUAGCCACAAAGAAUACAAUCGAUUCGAGAACUAUGUAGGAAGUUUAGCCUCGCAUGUGUUUAACGAAAUGAAUCUAUUUGAUAUUGAAAGCCAUCUGAACCGUUUACAUCGUGACAAGUCCGUUUACUUGGCGUGUUAUUUCGGUGUUGAGACGUGCUUGGAUGCUGCAACUAAAAUAAUAGAAGAAGCACUUGCCGAGGAAACGUUAAACAUUCCCAAAGAAUUGCAAAACGCCGUCUUUUGUGCAUUGCACAAAUAUGAUCUGCUCGUUGAAGGAGACUAUGGCUUGGAGAUUUUCCAAAAAUACUGGCUAGCGAUGGAUCAAUACCAGCCCUUGGCCGCCUUCUGGCUGCCAUUAAUUCUUGCAUCUGCUCCGGUGGAAAUAGUGGAAAAAGUAUCAACCAGUCGUGAUGCGCAUGAUGACAGUCGCUACCUGUUACCGAAAGUGUCGGAACCGAUCAAUUACAACCUUUUCCUGGACAUUACAAACUACGAUUUCUACUCGUACAACGGAACGGUAGAGAUAACAUUUCGCUAUACAGGCGAUCAGAACCAUUUUUAUCUGAACAGUGAUGGGCUGGUGAUCGCGACCGAAACCAUUAAGGUGACCGGGCCGGACGGUACCGAUGUACCAGUUGCAAAUGUAAUAUACAUGGAGGAGUUUGAGCAAAUAUAUUUUGGCUUCAGAGAUCGGCUGCAGACGGGGGAGCAGUACAAGAUUGCGUUAAGCUUCCUGAACAAUAUUGGCACUGAGCUGAAAGGAUUGUACAGAAGUAGCUACAUGGCUGGGAACACAACAAGAUAUCUUGCUACAACCCAUUUCGAGUCCACGUAUGCUAGGAGCGUAUUUCCAUGCUACGAUGAACCAUCGUACAAGGCAACGUUCAACGUAAAGAUCCGCCAUCGGUCCGAGUAUAGAGCCCUGUCUAAUAUGCCAGCAAUAAAUAGCGUAACAGUAGGAGACUAUACGGAAACAACGUUCGACACUACACCUCCAAUGUCCACCUAUUUGUUGGCUUUUGUCAUCUCCGACUUUAAAACGUUAUCUCACGAAUCCGACCGAUUUAGAGUGUUUGCUGCAGACAGCAAGGUAGCUCACACUGGGUAUGCGCUGGAGUUUCUUGGCAACUCGUUACGUACACUCGAAAACUUUUUUGGACGCCAGUAUCAGCUGCCGAAAGUAGAUCUCAUCGCUAUACCCGAUUUUGCGAUGGGCGCCAUGGAGAACUGGGGCCUGAUAACGUUUCGGGAGCAGUACUUAAUCUAUGAGGAAGGUGUAACGACAGCCCGUACGAAGCAAAACAUUGCUGAUCUCAUUACGCACGAGCUAACGCACAUGUGGUUCGGUAACGAAGUUACUCCCGAGUGGUGGACGUACUUAUGGUUGAGCGAAGGCUUUGCUAGAUACUUUGAAUACUACAUAACAUCACAGCUCGAGCCUACCUGGAACCUCUGGCAGCAGUUCAUCGUGAACAAUGUACACUCGGCGCUAUCACAAGACUGUAACAGCAACAAUCGAAUGAUGAGUUACUAUGCAACGGAUCCGGCGGUACUAAAUGACCUGUUUGAUUACGUCGUGUACGCAAAGAGUGCUUCCGUUAUACGGAUGAUACAGAACGUGAUUGGGUUUGAUACCUUCAGGCAGUCUCUUAACGAUUACUUGAGAUCACGCAGUUAUCUCUCAACGAGGCCGCAGUAUCUGUAUACCAGCAUUGAAAAGUUCCGUACAGUCGAUCUUCCGGCCAGUGUUGAGGUCAUCUUCGAAAGCUGGGCCAAUACGCCAGGCUAUCCCGUUGUAACGGUGUCCAUCGAUCGUACCAAACGAACACUCACUGCAUCUCAGAAGCGCUUUUGGAUGCCGAACGAGAUCGAUACGCCACCCCAAAACAUGUUGUUUUAUAUUCCCGUGAACUACGGCUCCAAUUUACCCACGUCGACCGACUUCGAAGUUACAACACCUACAUUCUGGCUGACACCGCAGGAUCCUACGGCAACCAUUACCCUUGAGACGGGAGUCGAGUGGGUCGUAGUCAACAAACAGCAGACGGGGUACUAUCGUGUGAACUACGAUGAUGAAAGCUGGCAUAAACUGAUUGAUGUACUAAAUAGUGAACAGUUUGAGGAUCAGCUACCCGUAAUCAAUCGAGCACAGCUAGUAGACGAUGUGGCCAACCUUGCUCGGGCAGGUGAAGUGGGAUACGAUGUAGCACUGUCCCUGAUGCAGUAUCUGGAGCGUGAAACGGAAUACAUCCCAUGGGCCACGGCGUACAAUGCGUUGCUACAUCUAGAUCGGAUGUUCUCUAGCCACGAAGAAUACAGUCGGUUUGAAACUUUCCUACGUACCAUCACAGGUUGCAUGUAUGAAAACAUUCUACUAACUGGCCCGAUGGAUCAAAUCAGCCGACUACAUCGCGGGAAUACCGUGUACUUAGCAUGCUACUCUGGCGUGAAGAAAUGUUUGGAUGACGCGCACGCACUAGCCAAUAAAGCUGUCCAGGAUUCAUCGUUCACCAUACCUGAAGAAGUACAAGCGUCAGUGUUCUGUGCUUUGCACAAGUAUCCAAGCGCAACACUCAACGUCCAGACCGAUUUAUUUGAAAAAUAUGUGACAUCAGCCAACAGUCCCGAGGAUUUGGAUAUGAUUAACCGGUUCCUGGCUAGCGUGGGAUGCGCUCGUAACGAAACUAUUAUGGAAUAUUACCUCACGCUUUCGGCAUAUAAUUAUCCGGGGCUUCCCGUGACGGCCGGACAAAGGAGUCAAAUUUAUCUCGGGCUAAUCAACGGUAGCCCUGGAACGCGCCAGGCCGCAUUGCAGUACUUGUACGAGCAUUUUUCGGCCGUCACAUACUUGCUGACCUCCGUGACCCCGAUCUUCACUGAGUUGGGCAAUCGUAUCAAUACGCGAUUACAGCACGAAGUGCUUAAAAACAUUGUGGACGAGUACGGACACAUGUUAACAACGGCAGCGAAAGCCGCCGCAGAUGCAGCCCUUGUGAAAGCCGAACAAAACAUUCGCUGGAUAGAGAAACACGCUGAAAGCAUCACUUCCUGGUUGGUGGAGCAAGACUAUGAGGGAACUACUGCGCAGCCACCCGGUGGUGGAGCUGUUGCCUAUUCCGUAGGUAUAGCUGUUGCAUUCGGAUGUGCAAUUAUGCUGAUUUCGUCAAAUGUGUUGAUUCGUUAAAAAUAUUAUUCAGCGUGUAAAUAAACUAUUAACAGCACCGCCAAUGAUA